GAGCGAGGCGGGGUUACGGACGGUGGGCGGGAGGCUGCCAACGGUUUUGAGUGUGGGGAAGGGCGCGAGAAAGGGGGUGUCUUGGUCUUCCUGGACCGGGGCUUAGAGGAAGAGGGCAAUCCCUCGUUCCCACCUUGGCAAAUUGCAAGGCUGAGGACUGGAAGUGUGGAGACUAGUCGGAACGGUGUGGUCGGGGUAGAGGAUCUCAGGCUAGGCUUCAGGCCCUGUACAUUUUACGGACGUCUGAGGGCGUGAUUGAGUGUUCACAAAGAUUCUUUGCGGGUAAUAGGGUGGGAGGGAUUCUGGGGAGCCUUGCUAUGGCUUUCUUGCCAGGAGGGAUCGGAAGGGAUGUAUGUGAGGGUUGACCCUGGGUAGAACGGGUGCCGUGGACGGAGGGUUGUGGGGAGGUGGGGAGCGUGAGCCCGGUGACUGGCGGAUAAGCCAGCUGGACGAAAAUUAGGCCCCUGUUGAGUCUGAGUCUGUUUCACUUUGCACAGUCUGGGUGUGAGAACUUAAGAGCUCGGCUGACCAGUGAUAGCCUUUUCUAGAGGUUGAUCUGCAGCUUUGGGCACUCUAGAGGAACUGCAGUGGUGCUGUUGCCCCGCAGUAGGUCUUCUGUCCCCACCCCUUCCUUGCUGCACCCUUCUUUCCCACCAUUCCCAGGAGCUAUGGAAAGAAAAUCCUUUGCCCUCUCCCAUGGCCUCUGGGACAUUUGGAAACCUUUCCUCUAACCAGAAAGCCUCCGUACCUUCAUUCAACAAGGAUCCUUCACUUGGAGUCUUCCUCCUUUCUCCCAAAUCUUCCUUCUGGUACUUUUCCCCUGGGAUCUCCUAAAGCAGAACCAGGAGUUCCCAGCUUUGCUGUCUGCAGUUGUCUCUUCCCUGUACUCAUGGCAACAUCAGCUACCAGCCCCAGCUCACCUCUCAGGGCCAAGGAUCUCCUGAGUGAUUCAUCAGAAGCCCCUGGGCUGAACCAAGUGUCCUCUGAAGUAACCUCCCAGCUCUAUGCUUCUUUGCACCUCAGUCGUCAGGCAGAGACCACGGCCCGAGCCCAGCUGUAUUUACCCUCCACCUCCCCACCUCCUCAUGAGGUGUUAGAUGGCUUGGCACAAGAGCUGAGUUGCAGCUUGUCGGCUGGACUGGAGAACAACUUGAAGAAAAAGGAUGGUUCCAGGCAUAUCUUUGAGAUGGAAAGUGUUCGGGGUCAACUCCAGAGCAUGCUCCAAACCUCACGUGAUGUGGCCUAUCGGGAUGCCCCUACUCCAAGCGCUGACUCGGAGAGACGGGAAGAGGAUUCCUUUGACAGUGACUGUACAGCCACCUUGCUUAACACCCGGCCACUGCAAGACUUGUCUCCAUCUAGCUCAGCCCAAGCCCUGGAGGAUCUGUUUCCCCGCUAUGCCAGCCUUCGGCCAGGGCCCCCACUCAAUCCCCCGGAUUUUCAGGGGCUGAGAGAUGCACUGGAUUCAGAGCAUACUCGUCGCAAGCAUUGUGAGCGCCACAUUCAGAGCCUGCAGACCCGAGUGCUAGAGCUUCAGCAACAGUUAGCCGUGGCUGUGACUGCCGACCGCAAGAAAGAUAUCAUGAUUGAACAACUGGACAAGACCCUGGCCCGCGUGGUGGAGGGCUGGAACCGGCAUGAAGCUGAGCGGACAGAGGUGCUUCGGGGACUCCAGGAGGAACGCCAGGCCGCUGAACUCACUAGAAGCAAGCAGCAGGAGACAGUAACCCGCCUGGAACAAAGCCUUUCUGAAGCCGUGGAGGCCCUGAAUCGUGAGCAGGAAAGUGCCAGACUGCAGCAACGGGAAAGAGAGACCCUGGAAGAGGAAAGGCAAGCGCUAACCCUGAGCUUGGAGCUAGAACAGCAGCAGUGCCGGGCCCUGCAGGACGAACGGGAUGAGGCUCGGGCUGGGCAACUCAGUGAGCGUCGACUCUUGGAGACCCUUCAGGUGGCCCUAGAAGAAGAGCGGCAGACCCGGGCCCAGCAAGAGCGUCAGCUUAAGGAACGCUACCAGGCACUGCAGGAGGAGAGCCAGGCUCAGCUGGAAAGGGAGAAGGGGAACACCCAGAGGGAGUCGCAGGCAGCCCGAGAGGCGCAGCAGCAGCUGGCCUUGGUGCAGUCUGAGGUGCGGCGGUUGGAAGGAGACCUGGAUACAGCUCGCAGAGAGAGAGAUGCCCUGCAGCUGGAGAUGAGCCUGGUGCAGGCUCGGUAUGAAAGCCAGCGGAUCCAAAUGGAGUCGGAGUUGGCCGUGCAGCUGGAGCAGCGAGUGACAGAGCGGCUGGCGCAGGCUCAGGAGAGCAGCCUGCGGCAAGCAGCCUCCCUGAGGGAGCAUCACAGGAAGCAGCUGCAGGAGCUGAAUGGACAGCACCAGCAGGAAUUGUCCACCCAGUUGGCUCAGUUCAAGGUGGAAAUGGCAGAACGAGAGGAAAGGCAGCAGCAGGUGGCUCAGGACUAUGAGCUCAGACUGGCCCGGGAGCAGGCACGAGUGCGUGAACUGCAGAGUGGGAACCAGCAGCUAGAGGAGCAGCGGGUGGAGCUGGUGGAGCGACUGCAGGCCAUGCUGCAGGCCCACUGGGAGGAGGCAAACCAGCUGCUCAGCACCCCUCUCCUGCCGCCCAACCCCGCGGUUCCUCCAGUCAGCCCAUCCAGCCCUGGGCCUCAGGAACCGGAGAAGGGGGAGAGGAGGAUGUGGACUGUGCCCCCUGUGGCUGUGGCCCUAAAGCCAGUGUUGCAGCAGAGCCGGGAAGCAAGGGAAGAGCUGCCUGGAGUGCCGCCUGUUCUCUGCAGCCCCUCCCCAGAUCUUAGCCUCCUGCUGGGCCCCACUUUCCAGAGCCAGCAUUCCUUCCAGCCCCUAGAGCCAAAGCCUGAUCUCACUUCAUCCUCAGCGGAGGCCUUCUCUGCAGUCGGAACCUUCCAUCCCGAUCACAGGGCUGAACGGCCGUUCCCUGAGGAAGAUGCUGGGUCCGACAGGGAUGGCUUCCUAAAGCAAGGGCUGCCGCCCGCUUCCCAGCUUCAGGGCCUCAAGCAUUUUUUGCAGCAGCUGCUGGAGACAGCACCCCCGAGCAACGAGAACCCCUCUGCCGACCUGCUGCCCACCAAGUCUGGUCCUCUGACUGUCCCAACUUGGGAGGAAGCCCCUCAGGUGCCACGCCUCCCACCCCCUGUCCAUAAAACUAAAGUGCCCUUAGCCAUGGCGUCCAGUCUUUUCCGGGUCCAUGAGCUUCCCUCAGCCCAUUCACAGAGCGGUGGUCCCCGCGGUGGCUCCCCAGAGAGAGGUGGAGAUGGGCUCGCAUCCUCGAGGCAGCUGAUGGAGGUGUCUCAGCUGCUGCGACUCUAUCAAGCUCGAGGCUGGGGGGCGCUGCCUGCGGAGGAUCUGCUGCUCUACCUGAAGAGGCUGGAACACAGCGGGACUGACAGCCGAGGGGAUGAUGUCCCCAGAAGGAACACAGACUCCCGCUUGGGUGAGAUCCCCCGGAAAGAGCUUGGUCCUUGCCCUGUGCCAAUUCUGGCCCUCCCAACGCACAACACCUUUCCUCAAUGGUGGGGGACUGAGAGGACACGACGCUGAGUUUUCCUUCUUUUCCCUCAACUCUCAGAUUCCCUCCCAGGCUCUCCCUCGCCGCCUUGCUACAGCCCCUAAGACUGAAAAGCCUCCAGCUCGGAAAAAAAGUGGGCACCCGGCCCCUGGUAGCGCGCGGAGUCGGGGGGGAAUCUGGAGAUAAGCCCCUUGCCUUCUCCUCUUCUUUGUUUUCUUCUUCUUUUUAUUAUUAUUUUAAUAAAUGCUCAAUAGUCUGUAUGAGAGUCUCUGACUCAUAGAAAUUUGGAAAACGUAGGUUUUAUAAGAAAAAAACUUUGUGAAAAAACUCAUUUUAUUCUAUUUGGGUAUGUUUUUUGUAUGUUUCUGUUUUAUAUUCUGUGGGAAAAGACAUGAAUGCUUUGAAAGAAAACUGUCCAUGGCUGGGUUUGAGAAGUUUCAGUGAGCCCAGGCUCGGUGUUGAAGCGUGACUGGCUCUGGCUCAUAGGGGAAUUAUGGGUGAUUCCUGUUUCCUUCUUUAUAUACAUUUCUGUAUUUUCCAACUUUUCUAGAACAAGAAUGUAUGACUUCAUAACCAGAAAAACACUUUUAAUAAAAGAGUAAGUUAUUGUAUAAAGAA